AGAGCCUUGGGGCGAUGUUGUAGAAAAAUGGACGAACACAGUCAAAUUAAGAACCGCAGAGAUUUUAAAUGAACACGCAAAUAUUUUAACUAAUUGGCCGCUGCUGAAACACAGUCUUGGAUACACUUUGGUUGAAAUUGAUUUUGAAGCGAAAUUUCCCAACUGUUCGCAGAAUUUGCUAAACGAAUGGCCAAAAUUUAGAAAGUCAAUUAUACCUUACAUGAAGACAAAAAUAAGAGAUGCAACGUCCAUUGAUAUGCUAAAAAAAAUUGACGAAAACAUCAGUACUGACUCAAUGGAUUGUUUAUUGACACUGCUUUUGCAUGCGAUACUUAAACCGUCAUUAAUUUCCGUUGGACAAACUUCUGGUGAAAAACGGCUUAAAUGGAAGCCAUCAAUAUGUGAUGCGCAAGCAGUGACAUUGCUGCAUUGCAGCAGCAUAAACGAUUAUCAGAGGAUGUACCACGAAUUAAAGAUUAAGUUAAAUCAAAAGAAUCUUCCUCUUCAGCCGCUACUAUUGGUAGUCGGAGAGAAACUAACUCAGUUAGACUCUUUUUACGUUAUUUUCGACAGUAUAAUUUACAAGGUACCGACAUUUUUAAAAUCACUUGAUACUUUAUUUAAAAUCUUUCAUGUAUUAAAUUUGGAAUAUCCGAUACAAGCGAAAUCCAUAUAUAAUUUUAUCGAAUCCUACUUUUUUGGCAUUGCGGAUUGUGCACACCCUAAUGUUAUUACACUUAAGAAUUAUUUAAAAGAUACUCAAAACUUGUUGGAGCAGAUUGAUAAAAUGUUCAAAUGCUUUAUAUGUAACGAAAGGUCUUCUACAUCAAAAUUGUUAGUUGACCAUUUGAAAUCUUUCCAUGUUUUUGCUGAGAUAAAAAAUUUUGUUUGCACUUUCUCUAAAUGUGGUCAAUGUUUUUCAAACGUGUAUAGUUUUCAAAAUCACCUACGUAGAGUUCAUGCGUCGUUGCCAAGUACACCUGCUGUAUCUUAUCGUGCACCUGUUUUUGUUAGGCCUAAUAUUACUAAAGGGCAGACUAAUAAAUUAAGUUCUAAUUUUAAUAAUACAACGCAAAAAAAAUUUAAUAUGAAUAUGUUUGUAUUGUCUCUACAUAACAAAAACAAUUUCACAAGAAAAGAUGUGUUUUCUAUUGUACAAGAAAUUAACGAUACAAUUUUAAAGCCAAUACAAGAACAUGUAUUAAUGUCACUGUCGCCUUUAAUAUCAAACUCAAAUAUCAGAACAACCGCUGAAACAAAUUUCGUUAGUUUAUUUCCUGCUCUCGAUAAUAAUAUUAAUGAGUACCGUUUUUUUAAGGCUUUGGAAAGUGAACAAAUUUUUCAACUUCCAACUUCAUACAUUAUCAAUGAAGAAAUAGCAGAAAUAGUAGUUAAUAGUAACCCGGGUUUAAAUUCAAACAAAGUGGUAGGUGUAUUAAUGCCAAUCAAAUUUCAAAUUAAGAAAUAUUUCGAAACAGACAAUAACUUGAGCAAAACGUUAGGUAAUAUGAAAAUGCUACAGUCAAAUCAAAAUACAUAUAAAAAUCUCAUUCACGCUCUGCAUAAAAACUGAAAGUUUGAUUUAUAUAGUUUUGGUUAAAGCAUAAACCAUGUUUUCAUAAAAAAGUAACAAAAAAAAUUUAACUUUAAAAACCUUGCACAUGUACAACAAAAAUCACCAUGGACUCAGUUUCGCACUAUAGUGUAUGUAUGUAUGUACAUAUGAAAUUUUUGUGUAUGAAUUUUGUGUAAUAAAUAGAUAAGUACUUAGUUUUUAAGUCAACAGUGUAAAUAUUUCAAUUUUUUUAAUAAAAAUAAACUAAACAAAUUGUUAUUUAUUUUGUAAAAGUAGGGACACAAGGUAA